GAGAAGCGGCCCGGUGCCAGUCAGAAUGAAGCCUAGUCCUGCCCCCUGAGCCAGACGCAAGCGGGGGUCAUCAGGCUGUCCUGGCAGCCUGGCAGUCAUGAGUUCCGUGCCUCACCAGGGCUUCCUCAGCUCUCCUCUGCUCCUUCCGAUUCUUUUAGUUUCCCCGUAGCUCCAGGAACAGAACUGAGAAAAGUCAGAAGCAAAACAGCUAGACACAAAGAAAAGCAGAAGUGGGCGUCUCAGAGACUGGCCGUCCCCCAGCGGGACUGAACCGUGGAGCGUCCAGCCGUGGCCUGCCUGCCGGUGGGUGACCCAUGUGUGGGAGAAAUGACCCAAUGGGCCUCAGCUGUGUGGCUGCCCACACUGUUGCUGCUGCUUUUCUGGCUUCCAGGCUGUGCCCCUGUGAGUGGCCCCCCCAGUGUCACAGGCACUGUGGGGGAAUCGCUGAGUGUGUCCUGUCAGUAUGAGGAGAAAUUCAAGACUAUGGACAAAUACUGGUGCAGAGUGUCACUUAAGAUCCUGUGUAAAGAUAGUGUCAAGACCAGCGGCUCAGAAGAAGCUAGGAAUGGCCGAGUUACCAUCAGGGACCAUCCAGACAACCUCACCUUCACAGUGACCUUUGAGAGCCUCACCCUGGAGGAUGCAAACACCUACAUAUGUGCAGUGGAUAUACCAUUUUUAGAUGACACCUUGAAGAUUGAUAGCUUCUUGGGUAUCGAUAAGUCCUUCAAGGUUGAGUUGAUCGUGGUCCCAAGUGAUGGCCCAGUUUCAUCUCCAGGACCAACACUAGAGACACCUGUGGUGUCCACCAGCCUGCCUACCAAGGGUCCCACCGAAGGAUCCAUCACAGAGGGCCGCCAUGAGCAUCAAGAUCCCCAGGGCUUGAGGCUCCCAGUGCUGCUGUCUGUGUUAGUUCUCCUGCUGUUUCUGCUGGUGGGGACCUCUCUGCUGGCCUGGAGGAUGUUCCAGAAGCGGCUGGUCAAAGCUGGUACGCAUCCAGAGCUGUCCCAGAACCUCAGACAGGUUGCUGAGCAGAAUGAGUGCCAGUAUGUGAAUUUGCAGCUGCACACGUGGUCCCUAAGGGAAGAGCCGGUGCUACCAAGUCAGGUAGAGGUGGAAUUUAGCACAUUGGCGUUACCCCAGGAAGAGCUUCACUAUUCAUCCGUGGCAUUCAACUCCCCGAGGCUGGAUUCUCACACCAAUGGGGAUUCUCUUCAUCAACCUCAGGACCAGAAAGCAGAGUACAGUGAGAUCCGGAAGCCCAGAAAGGGUCUCUCUGACCCUCACCCGUGACUCCUUGUCCCCUGAUCCUCUCAAUGGUGACCACCAAGGUUCCCAAGCUCCCUGCCGGCUGCUGCCCUCAAUGUCACGAGCCUCGCUGGCUUCACUAAAGAUGAGCAGGAGGCAGGGCUCUGUGGGCACAGAGUCUCAUCCCGCUGGCUCUCUCCUCUUAGCCUGUAUUUUGUUCUGCCUCUGGGUGUGGAAAACAUAGAUGCUGCUCCUUUGGGGCUCUGGGAAGUGACAUGGUUUGUAAAGAACGGUACUUGUGAUAGUUAGCUUUGUAGUGUCAUCCAGGAAGAACAUCUGUGGUCACUGGGAAAGUGGAGGACCCAUGAGACCACAAAGGAAGGGGAGCCAUGGGGGUACUAAACACCAGCUCCUUCAUCUCACAGAGAGAAACCUAAGCUCUGAGGACAGGAGCCUGGCCCAUGGCACCAAGGUCAGGUGCAAAAUCCUCUGGACUCAUUUUUAUUUUUAUUUUUUGGUUUUUCAAGACAGGGUCUCUCUGUGUAGCUUUGGCUGUCCUGGAACUCACUCUGUAAACAAGAAUGGCCUCAAACUCACAAAGAUCUGCCUGCCUCUGCCUCUCAAGUGUUGGGACUAAAGGUGUGUGCCACAAUGCCCGGCUUCUCUGGAUUCUUAAGUAAAAGAUGAAAUAAAGUUUAUAAUAUCUUUU